AUUCUCCCUAGCACAGACAACUGAAGCAAUCGAUGGAACCUCUCGACUGAAACCACCGUUCCUCACGCUCGCUAGCUCCACCGUUGUCGUUCCCUUUCACCAUAACCACCGUUCCUCACGCUCGCUAGAUCCUCCGCCGGAGUCAGUGGUCGAAUCCACAGUAUGCGGUGGUGAAUGGGUUUCCCUUCGCGUGUCCGCCGCUCGUCGCUCGCAAACCGUCAUCCUCCAUCGCCAGUUAACAAGCUUAAGGGAAAAGUCUGAACCGUCAUCCUCCAUCGCCAGAGCUUAAGGAGCAACAAAAGCAUCUCGAUUUCUAUCCUGUAUUACCAGCUUCCAGCUUAUUAAGCAGCUCACGCAAGGGAUACAUCUGAGGAUGAGAUAUUGGCUUUCGGUGGCUUGGAUGCUGUGGUUUUUGUAAGGAUACUUGUGUUUAGGAAUCCUACAGACAGAAACUGGAUGAGACGCUGAAUUUGGGUUCUGAUGGGAAGCCAUUUAGGAUGUUAGUUUUCAGAGGAAGUUCUAAAUCAACUACAAAAUCUAUUCGUCACAUCGAUCAGGUGCGACAAGCAGACGCAGCCGCACUUCAAAACAGUAUCAAUCAGCCCCGCCCUCGUACAAUGCCUAAGAAAGAGGCCAAGGUCUUGGAUGCACCAAAUAUUAGAAAUGACUACUAUUCAAACACUAUGGAUUGGGGGAAAAACAACAUUCUUGCUGUUGCUUUGGGAUCAGAAAUGUACCUUUGGAACUCUGUGAACAACAAUGUACAUAGGUUGUUUGAAGCCACUCACAAUGAUUGUCCCACAAGUGUUGCCUGGUCACGGGAUGCCAAACUUUUCGCAGCAGGAUUUAUGCACUCUAAGCUUCAACUCUGGGAUGCUGAGACUUCUAAGCCAAUAAGAGUCCUAGAAAGUCAUGGUCAAAGGAUUGGAACCAUUGCAUGGAGUGGCGAUACUUUAACUUCUGGAAGCCAUGACAAAUCUAUAAUCAACCAUGAUGUUAGAGCAAGAAGAAAUGUUAUUUCACGGGUAAAAGCACACGGAGCAGAAGUUUGUGGCUUAAAAUGGUCCAAAGGGGGAAAUAUGCUGGCAAGUGGCGGCAAUGACAAUCAUAUCUACAUAUGGGAAUCAUCUAAAAUGAAUUCAUCGAGUUUCUUGCAUUGUUUUAAGGACCAUUCUGCUGCAGUCAAAGCCCUUGCUUGGUGCCCUUAUGAUUCAAAUGUGCUUGCUUCUGGAGGUGGCACAAAUGAUAGGUGUAUUAAGAUAUGGAAUAUUCAAAAAGAAACUUGCAUUCGCAGCAUAGAUACUACAGCUCAGGUUUGUGGAUUAGAAUGGAAUAGGCAUCACAAGGAGAUAUUAAGUGGCCAUGGCUUUAGCACAAGUACAUCCCACAACGAACUUUGCUUGUGGCGGUAUCCAUCCAUGAAUAAAAUGGGAGGCUUGGACCCUCAUGCUUCAAGAGUCCUCCAUCUAUCUCAGAGCCCAGAUGGGUUAACAGUGGUGUCAGCUGGGGCAGAUGAAACUCUUCGCUUUUGGGAUAUUUUUGGGCCACCUGCUACUGAUACAUCAAAGAUCUCACAUCUGGAUAACCUUUUGUCCCUGAAGAUAUCCGCAUUAAGAUAACAUUUUCUUUUACGAGCUUGUUUGGUUGCGGACCAAAGAGCACUUGUUGGAGCUUAUUUAACUCAUUUUUUAGUAGCUCCAAUAAGUUCUCUUUAGUCCGUAUCUGAAAUCAAUCUAAACCUGAAAGUCUCAUUAUUGUUUCCCUACUGAUUUUCCCUACUGAUUUUUCCCUACUGAUUUUUCUAAUUGUCCCUACUGAUUUUUCUACUGAUUUUUAUAAUUGUCCUACUGCUGUAGUUUUCAGUUUUCAUGAUGUCUAAUAUCUAAAUCUUAUGUGAAGGUUGAUUUUGAAACACAAAUUGCUGCAAGAGACUCACAGCAUCACAUAGAUGAUGAAGAAUUAGAGGAUGAUUUGGAUGGCAUUUGAUUUAGAUGAAUAUAUGUAUUUGAUACUAUGUUUUUAAUUAUACUUGACAUUUUACCAUGACUAUAUAUGGAUUCACUACUAUGGUUAUGUAGGUUGAUGAACAUGAUCUUAAAUAUGAAACUUCAAAUCAAUAGUAUAUUUUGAAUUACUUCUA